AUGGGAGACGAUUCUUCCGAUGAAAUAGUUCUUGCCAGGAGUGCAGAUGAUGACAGCAGCGAGAUAUGCGUGGUCGAGGUAGUAAGAGACACCCCAGGGCCUGGAAGAGCGAGGAGAAAGAGAUCUACCAGUGUUGCUCGGGCUAGGAGAGCUGGAGGAAAGCAGGUGCUGGAAGAAGGCUCGUCAGACAGCGGACCCAGGCAAAAGAAACUUAGAAAUGAUGUCCGUCAUGAGAAAGAAGCGCACAGGGUUACAGCUGUCGAUCAGGGCGCUGAGAAGAUAUUCUAUCUAAAGAGUACUGAUACGCUAGAUAGUGUCUACCAGGCGUACUGCAAGGGAGGCCUCCCAGUCAAAAUGAAGUACAAGUCUGUUCCUGUGUCGAGACAUCUGACACUAGAGGAAAUGGGAUUUGAUGGGAGACACUGCAUUACGAUUCACAGGCCGGACCAAGCUUCCGGCGAGUCUGGGAUUGGACUGAGGAUAAAUGUUGAUGGGGCCAGGGCAGUUGAGGCUAGUUUCUGCAGGGAGGCUGUAAUUGAGAAGAUUUUCGAGAAGCUUUCUGAAAUGGGGUUCCGCGGGGAUUUCCUGGUCAGGAACGGAGUUGUGUUGGAUCGCACAGCGAGCAUAGGAAGUGUAAUGGGAGCUGGGGACGUCAUAGACCUCGUAAGCAAAGACGAGGUUGAGUAUAGAGGCUAG